AUGGACCAAACUAACCAUCAAAAGCUGAGUCGUUUCACAAAGCUGUUACUCUCCAUCUCUGUCUUCUCGCUCUUGUCAUGGAGCUCCAAUUUCCUCUCUUUCCUCCCACCGUGGCACUUCCACCUCUCCCCCUUCCCGCUCCGUCUCGUCACCCCCGCCGUCAGCAAGAACUGCAUCUUCCUACUCUGCAACGGCAUCCUCGUCUUCCUCGCGCAGGACUCGGGCUUUAUCGGCACCAAGACCAGGUCCCGGCACAGCACCACCAAUAAAGAUCCUCCCAAAGAGACUUUGUACGUGAUGGAAAAUAAGUUGCUCGACAUGGACAUCUACGACGGAGUUUUCCCUGACGUUAUGCAAGAGGAUUUCGCCCUUGGAGAAGAAGCCAAAACAUUGAAUAACAACAACAAUAAUCAUGAGGAUUGCGCGGUCGAAGUAGAAAUAGGAAACGUGUGUUUUCAUACGGAAGGAUGUGCACGGUACAACGAUGACGACAACAAAGAAGAAGAACAAGAAGAUAAGAUCGGUUUUUCGACAUUAGAAGCGAGAAACGUAGUCGCAAUAUCUGAUCCCGAUGACGAUGAGGAGUUAGAUGAAUGUGGAGGAGAGAGAGAGGAUGCAACUAUUGAAGAUUACAAAAAUGGCAUGGAGAUAAGGUAUGGGGAUAAUGUGAUGACGGUGGAGGAAUUGGACAAGAAGUUCGACGAUUUCAUUCGGAGGAUGAAGGAAGGAAUCAUGAUCGAAACGCAGCAACAUCAGCAACAACUUCUCUGGUCUAGUGUGUAA